UCUCACCUGCGCGCGACCAGCUCGACCUUGCCUUCCCUUUCUUCAAUUCCAUGUCCAAGCCCAAGAAAACUCAGUACAACAACCUUCAGAUUUCACGGCCAAUCGCAUCGCCGAUUCGCAGAAAUCACCAGCGUAAUCGCGAAAUCUGCUUUGGAAGCUCCCUUCUCCCGACGAUGAGGCUGGCGGAGGGGCAGGCCGUCCCAUCGAAUGGCUGCGUCCGGAAGCGAACUGCGGCGCCGCCUCCAUCGAGCGAGAGGAAGCACAAAUCCAUGGAGGAUAUAAUGAGGACGGCGAAGCCCGCCUUACCCCUCACUGAAGACUAUUAUUUGGAUGUUCUUUGCCAGCAAUGCCGGUUAGGCGAAGAGGAGGAUAAGAUCAUCCUUUGCGAUCGAUGCGACAUGGGAUACCAUCUCUAUUGCCUCCGUCCAAUCGUUCCAAGGGUUCCAACGGGAACCUGGUUUUGCCCUAGCUGCAAUGACGCAAAAACAGUUCGAACAUUUCCACUUAUGCAGAAGUCGAUCGCCAAUUUCUUCCGGAUUCGUAAGUGUACAAAUGAGCCGCCUAAAGAGAAUUGUGGGCCCUGGAAUGGUGGUAGGAAAAGAAGAAGGCGUUCCGUUUUCUUAGGCAGCCAGAAGAAAAAGAGGAGAUUAGUAACCUUUUCUCCUAGUAAAGAUCCGAAUCAAAGACUAGUGCAAAUGGCUUCUCUCGCAACUGCUCUAACUUCUUUGAAGAUGGAGUUCAGCAAUGAUUUGACUUACUUUCCUGGAAUGGCCCCUAGCUCUGCUAAUGCAGCAAUCCUAGAGAAGGGAGGAAUGCAGGUCCUAGCUAGAGAAGAUAAAGAAACAGUAGAGCUCUGCAGGUCCAUGUACAUGAGAGGGGAAUGCCCUCCCCUGGUUGUAGUUUUUGAUUCAUGUGAAGGCUUCACAGUCCAUGCUGAUGAAGACAUAAAGGACAUGACCUUUAUCUCUGAGUACACAGGAGACGUGGAUUACCUAAAAAAACGAGAACAUGACGAUUGUGACAGCAUGAUGACCCUUCUCCUUACGACAAAUCCAUUUCAUAGCUUAGUGAUCUGUCCAGACAAAAGGGGAAAUAUUGCUCGGUUCAUCAGUGGAAUUAACAACCACACUCCGGAAGGUAUGAAGAAACAGAACAUUAAAUGUGUCAGAUAUGAUGUGGAUGGGCGGUGUCGAGUCUUACUCGUCGCUUGCCGUGACAUUUCUCGCGGUGAAAGACUAUAUUAUGAUUACAACGGGUAUGAACAGGAAUACCCAACUGAGUAUUUUUUGUAAUAUUUCCCGAAAUAUUGUUAACCCAUUUUCCUAACUUUUCAUUGGAAAUCAUAAAUAUAGGACCGACGGGACUGUUUUUUUACUAAUGCUAUAAUGGAUUUAUUUACAACGAGCGGAUACUAUUUCAAUGGAUAGUACUAAAAUUAUUAAAUCCAUAUUCCCAAUUUG